ACUCGCACCAACUCGCGUAUCGGUUUCUGCCUUCCGCUCAGUUGUUCACCUUCAAUCAAUCAGUUAACGCAUAUCCGCGGGACUGGUCGAGUUUUGAGUUAGCGGUUAAAUUUCACGCACUCAUCCAAGCGCAAAGUUCAAUCGACACGCAAUGGAAGAUAGUAAGUUAAUUUUGUACGGCGGACCGGACCCGGUGGAGUUGCUGCAGGAUCGAUCACUUGGACAAAUGAUCGCUAAUGAGCUUCGUGUUCAUCCGGAUAAUAUUGGACUGAUUGAUCCAGUUCUUGAGGUUCAGUUAACAUACCGUCAAAUACUGGAAAAGUCCAUUCUAGUUGCAACAGCGUUGACCGAACUUGGAAUUAAAAAAUCCGAUCAUGUGGCCAUCAUCAGCGAAAAUAGCUUGGAGUACUGCUUCGCCUUGCUUGGGUCAAUAUUCGCCGCCGUACCGGUGGCACUUUUGAACCCAGAUUAUUUGGAAGCGGAACUCGAACACGCCAUCAAACUUUCACAGCCAAGGGCUAUUUUUGUGUCACCGAAUGCGCUGGAAAAGACUGCAAAAGUGCUGAAUAAAAUUAAACUUGAUGCAAGAAUCAUACUUUUUGGCGAUCAUCCCAAUGGUGCCGCGUCUGUUUCCAAUUUGAUUCGUUUUACCAAUCUGCUGGCUCGUGGUACGAUUCCCGGCGAUAGUUACACCCCCGAACCGGUGGACGUAGGAACGCACGUCGCAUUGAUUGUUCUUUCCUCCGGAACCACAGGAUUACCGAAGGGAGUUCAACUGACUCACGCAAACAUCAUGACAACCGUGGCACAUUCCAAAGAAGCCGGAAAACUUCUCGAGUUGCCUGAUCAGUUGGUGACAUUGACCGUAACCCCUCUGUUCCAUGUGGUGGCGGGAGUUGGUUUCAUUAAUAUGGUCACCAACAACUGCCGAUGUGUUCUCCUGCCUCGAUUUGACGUACAUCUCUUCCUGGACAGCAUCCAGAAGUAUAAGGUUAACAUAAUGACGGUCGUACCACCGCUCAUGGUGUUUCUGGCGAAGCAUCCCAUUGUCGAUAAUUACGAUCUUUCGACGCUAAUGACUUUACUCUGUGGCGCGGCACCGCUAAGCAAAGACAUCGAGGAUCGAGUGCGGGAUCGACUUGGGGUGGCUUUCAUUCGGCAGGGAUAUGGCAUGAGCGAGACCACUCUGGGAGUGCUGAUGCAAACUGGCUUCGAGAACAAAUCGGGAUGUGUAGGAAAAGUUCGUAUGGGACAGUGGGUGAAAGUGAUUAACCCUGAGAAUGGCAAAAUCCUGGGGCCGAAUCAACGGGGUGAACUGUGUUUCAAAGGUUCACUCAUUAUGAAGGGCUACCUGGGAUUGGAAAGUGCAAUCGAUCAGGACGGCUGGCUGCACACCGGAGAUAUUGGAUACUACGACGAAGAUGAGGACUUUUUCAUUGUUGAUAGAAUAAAGGAGUUGAUAAAAUAUAAGGGGUUCCAGGUGCCUCCCGCCGAACUGGAAGCCAUACUUCUCGAGCAUCCAAAGUUGAAGGAUGCAGCUGUGAUUGGCAUCCCGGACGAACGGGUAGGUGAACUGGCCACGGCUUUCGUUGUCAGAAAGGACGACGCGGAGGUUAGCGCUGAGGAAAUCAUCAAGUUUGUAGCGGACCGGGUUUCAACCCAGAAACAGCUGUACGGGGGAGUGCGAUUCAUUGAUGAUAUUCCGAAAACGGCCAGCGGCAAAAUUUUGCGACGAGAGCUACGAGAGCUUGCCAAAAAUACUAGGUCAAAGCUGUAACGGUUUGUUGUGUAGAUCGGUGUGACGGUGUUUGCAUUAUUUAUUUUCUACUGGACAGCUGAGAAAUGGCAAAUAAAAGUUACUCACAAACAGUCGAUGAGCGGUUUUCGUGCAGUUGUUGUGGGGCGCAGAUAUUUUCGUAUUGUAUCUUGUUCGAGAUUUGAAA